AUGGGUCUUUGCUUCUCCAGUGCUCCAACACUUCGUUACUCUUCACUCAACAACCCUCACUAUCCUUUUCCCGGUGGCCAAAUUCUGAAAUGGCCUGAGUUAAAGGUGUUCAGUUUUAAGGAGCUAAAAUCUGCCACAAGGAAUUUUAAAUCCAACAGAUCGGUCGGUAAGGGUAGGUUUGGCUUAGUUUACAAAGGAUGGUUGGAUGAGAAGACCCUCACCCCCGUCAAACCAGGAUCUGGAGUUGGAGUUGCCAUCAAAAUGUUCAAGACGAAAGAAACUCGAGGGUUUUUACUGUGGCAGUUUGAGAUAAACGUUUUAGGAAGGCUUUCUCACCCCAACGUGGUCAGGCUAUUGGGGUACUGUCGGAACGAGAAUGAGUUUCUUCUUGUGCAUGAGUUCAUGCCGAAGGGAAGCCUCAAGUGUCAUCUCUUCGAAAAAAAUCAUGACAUGGAACCACUUUCGUGGAACACCCGGCUUAAAAUAGUUAUCGGUGCAGCUCGGGGAUUAGCUUUCUUGCAUGCCAACGAAAAUAAGGUCAUGUUCAGAGAUUUCAGCACCUCAAAUAUACUGUUGGACGGGAAUUACAAUGCAAAAAUAGCAUACUUUUGGUUGGGUGAAGGGCGUCCUGCGGAAGAACAAUCACAUGCAACUAGAAGUUUCACGGAUGGUUAUUAUGCACCAGAAUAUAACACAACAGGGCAGUUGUACGUGGAGAGUCAUGUGCAUGGAUUUGGUGCGGUGUUUCUUGAAAUACUUACAGGCAUGAGGACACUUGACAUAAGAAGGGCACCAAGACAGCGGAACCUGGUUGAUUGGACAAAAACUUGUCUCUCGUCCAAAAAGAAGUGGAAAAACAUUAUUGAUGAUAGGAUAAAGGAUCAAAUUUCACCCAAGGCUGCGUUAGAAUCAGCACAACUUGCUCUAAAAUGCUUAGAGGAUAACCGUAAACAACGUCCUUCAAUGAAAGAAGUUCUUGAAGGAUUGGAAGCCAUUCAAGAUAUCCAUUAA